ACCAGUAUUGAGCCUAAUAUUUGCACCAGCUUAAUACAUUUUGACACCGCUCAAGAGGUGUGGACGCAUCUCAAACAGAUGUAUUCGGGUGCUGGGAACAUAACCCGUAUUUAUGAGUUGUGUCAGCAAUUCUUUGGGUUGGAACAGGGUGCUUUGGGCCUAGAAGAAUAUUAUUCUCAAGUGAUAAGCAUAUGUGAAGAACUCAGAAUGUAUCAACCUAUCACUUUUGAUGUUUAAAGUAUGCUAAAACAACGAGAAGAUUUUAAUGUUGUUCGGUUUCUUGUUGGCUUAAAACCUGAGUAUGAGUCAAUGCGUUCUCAAAUUCUGGCAAGUCCACAACUUCCCUCAUUUCCUGAUGUGUUCUCCCGGCUUCAGCGAGCCACAUUAUCUGGACAAGGAUCUCAGUUUUCUUCAGAUCAGAGUAAUGAGAGAUCCGCUUUAGCUGCCUCCUAUUUUGCUGCACGUGGGGGGCGUGAUGCCAGAGGUAAUCGCACUCGAGGUCGUGAAUCUCGUAAGUGCACUCAUUGUGGUCGCACUAACCACUCAGUGGACUAUUGUUGGGAUCUCCAUGGUAGACCAUCUGGAUCCGCUAAUCAAGCUAUUUGCCAAAAUGCUACAUCACCGUCAACGAGUUCCGACCCGACUCCAGAGAUGAUUAGCAUAUCGAAGGAUGAGUAUGAUCAGUUUUUGGCUCACACACGAGCGACUUCAUCUUCCAUAGCUACUCAUGCCCAUUCAGGUACAGCGUCCGCUUGUCUUGUCUCAUCUACUUAAGAUCCAUGGAUCAUCGAUUUAGGAGCUAAUGAACAUUUGACCAGUUUGUCUUAUUCCUUAUCUAAGUUAGAUACUUUAACAUCUCCAAAGAGUGUUACUCUUGCUAAUGGUUCUCUUGCUAAAGUUACAGGCAUUGGAUCCACUAAGCUCACCGAUUCUAUAUCCUUGUCAUCUGUUCUAUAUGCUCCUAGUUUUCCCUUUAGUUUGUUGUCCAUUAGUCAAAUUACUCAAACUCUUCAAUGUUCUAUGACCUUUUAUCCCUCUGUAUGUAUCUUUUAGGAUCUCAAGACGGGGAAGAAGAUUGGUAUGGGGCAUGAAGCUGGUGGUCUGUAUUACCUUGAUGUCAAACAGUCACCCACUCGAGCCCUCACAUCC